GGUGCAUGUUCUUCAGCUAUAGCCAUACCAUCAACUACAGCUUUUGCUCCAGCCCUGAUUCCAGCUCCGAUCCCAGCCUCUGGUUUGGACCUGUCUCCAGUCCCAAACCACACACCACACUUGGCUGCCCUAGCAAAUUGGACCCCUAGGGACUCUACCGCCUUGCAAGUUACACACUUGCCUUUCUUGCCCAGGAGACCCACCAAUGCGCGCUACCCUGAAGGCAGUGAAAUAUGUUGGUGAAAUUAAAGGAGGACUGAGGCCAGCCAUGAAAAUUACUGUUGUGGGGGUAAUAUGCCCCACCCCCAAAAGUUUUUCAGUGACUUUGCUCUGUGACCCCAUGGAUGCAAGCAAGGAUGUUGGGCUAUUACUUGCAGUCAGCUUCAUGGAGAAAUCUAUUGUCCGGAAUUCCUGUAUUGCUGGGAAAUGGGGAAAGGAAGAGACAACAAUUCCUUACUUCCCAUUUACACCAGGGGACUCAUUUAAGAUGGAGCUCUUGUGUGAGCACCAGCAGAUUCGAGUCUUGCUUGAUGGACGUCAGCUAUGCAAUUUCAGUCACCGUGUGCAGCCUCUGCAAAGGGUGACAGCUUUAAAAAUCUCAGGAGACCUUGAGCUCACCAAAGUGGCUUGAAGAUACAGUAUAAAGAAUCCCAUAUCACUACUGGGAGAUUGGGGUGGGGACACUUUCCCUAUGCAGAUUGAAGUGCUUCCUUGUUCUUGAGCUUGUUUGUGCCUCUUGAUUUGAAAUGGUCAAGUAAUCCAACUUCCCUCACCCUGCCAACAUAAUUGAAAUAUGUGCUUUUUAUUCUAGAAACCAGAGGAUGGCAGGGACUGGAUGGUUUUGGGAGGCCUGCCGGCCCAUUCCAUUACCCUCCCAGAUACCAGUCAUAGGUUGUGAUCCAUCAAACCCCUUUAUGCAUACACAAAGGAUUGCAAGUCCACAGAAUAGCUUUUGUCAUGAAAUCAUAGAACCAUAGAGAAGGAGGGAGCCUUGUAGGGCAUCUGGUCCGAUACCCGGCUCAAUGCAAGAAAUCCAGAGGUAGCGCAUCCCCAGUAGAUGGCUGUCCACAGUGGCAACUCCCACAUGGGGCAAGGUGAACUGAUGGCCCACGGCAGGUUAUGCCAUAGAUAGGCCCUGCUCCCUGCCUCAGGGACCGCCUCACCUACCUGCUGCCAUUGCUCUCACCACCUCACCUCUGCUGCCACCCCUGUUUUUGUGGUGUCCCCUCUCCAGGCAUUUAGGUAUAAUUGAGCAGGGUGGGGGGACAAAUGUCCCCCAACUGCUGGAUUCCAGGAGCCACCCAUGGCCUACCCCACCCUCACACUCCCACCCUCCAUGACACCAGAGAACACAUACAGAAUUCUUCAGGGGUGUGUUUGGGAUCUCAACAAAUGUUUUCUUCUGAAGGUGUUGAUGCUCAGAAAAUAGUAAUGUUCAGAACUGAAGGGAUGGGCUUCAUAUUAGAGGGUUUGAAGAUGGGCCCCGUCUCAGCCAACAUCCAAAAACAAUCAUCCCUUUGUAUCAGCUUUCCUCAUGACGACGAUGAUGACUGUGGAAUGUUUUUUUAUGAUAGUGCUUUCCUCAAACAAUGUCAAUUUUUUUUAGCUUGUCUCUGUGCUUUUGAAAUAAUUAAAUAUGUAAAUAUGAA